CACUGCUAAUUUUCGGUGAGUAGGCGGUGAAUGGCAGCGCGACAGUCGUCAAAACAAUAAUGAAUAAAUAGAAAUGUUCAACAGUACAAAUGUACCACAUAGUGUUGCUGACUGUACGUCGAAGAUAAGGUGGUACAACAUGUGAUACAGUAUAAAUAGAAAUCAUCUCUAUGUAACAGACGUGUCAUUAUCGUUAUCAAAUCGACUACUUUAUUUUAUAUUCUAAAAUAGAAAACAGAUUAAAAUAUUUUUUUUUAUCUGUGUAAAAUAGUGCUGUGUUUGUGAAGCGAUGUGUGUUUUGUUCUAAACGAGUUUAAAGAAUUUAUGUGUAACUGUUCGUCAUAUUUUGAUGCGAUGUGUUAAUAAUGAAGAACAUAAUACAUAUAUAUGGAUGAUUUAUUAAUGUAGUUGUGAUAGUGAAAUAGUGAUUCUGGAUUAAAGGUGUGUGAAAUAAUUUAAGUUUAUAAAAUGCCACAAAGUCACAGGAUGCAGUAUUUGGCGGCGUUCGCCGUGUCAAUAGCUACGAUGACGACGAGUACUGCCUACUUCUGGACUGCCCCCAUCCUACCCAAGUUUCACAACAAUGAGACCAGUAUUAGAAUAUCCAAAAGCGAGAUCUCGUGGGUGGUCGCGAUGAUAUCGCCAGGGAUGGUGACGGGCAGUUUGGCUGCCAGCAGAGUGUCAGACAAGUUCGGGAGGCGAGUCACUCUACUUGCUAGCGCUUUACCUUUUAUUGUUGGCACGGCGUUCGUGUUGCACGCAACGAAGCCCUGGUUGCUAUAUAUCGGGAGGUUUUCGUGGGGACUCGGGUCUGGCAUGAUUACUACGGUUACAAGCGUAUAUCUAUCAGAAAUAGCAGAUAAAGAGAUCAGAGGAACUCUAACAGCUGGGACGAGAUUUAUGUUUAGUUUCGGAGCUCUCUUAAUGCUGGCCAUAGGCUCCUUUGUAUCCUAUCAAGUGUUAAGUUACUUUCUAAUAGUAAUGCCUAUUUGCUACUUCCUCGCCUGUUGGAGGAUCCCUGAAACUCCUUAUUAUUUGCUCAAAGAAGGUAAGGUGGAUGCUGCCAAGAAAGAAUUGAUGAGACUCAGUGGGAGUAAGAAUGAAAAGAUGAUUGAAGAGAGGUUAUCCCAAAUGCGGUCGGAUGUAAGGAAGGAGAUGCAGCGGUCUAGUUCAGUAAAGGAACUGCUUACUGGGAAACAGUAUAGGAAAGCCGUUAUAGUUACUGCUGGUCUUCGUUUCACUCAACUCUUCGCUGGCAGUAUCCCCAUACAACAGUACAUGGGUCGUAUCAUUCAACAAAGCAACUGUGGCUUACGAGUUUCGACGGCCCUCAUUAUUUUCGGAGCAGUGAGAUUUGCAGUCGGUUUGAUUUCACCAAUGAUCGUAGACAAGGUGGGGCGUCGUCCACUACUCAUCUACUCCUACUUGGGCUCCUGCGUGAUGCUGGCGAUGGUCGGAGGCUACUUCUUCCUCCAACAAAUCAUCGGCAUCGACGAUGAAUCCUCAAACCCAUUCCGUUUCGUCGUAUUUGUAGGAAUUGUCAUUUCUAUAGUCAUAUCUAGUGUAGGCUUUGAUACUCUAAUAUUUAUUAUUCCUUCAGAAAUCUUUCCUUUAAACGUAAGAUCAGUUGCAAUGACUGUGUUAAAUAUUUACUCUGCUUUCAUGACUUUUAUUGUAGUGAAAGGGUAUCAACCUAUGGAGGACUGGACAGGGCUGUACGGAGUGUUUUGGUUAUACGCUGUCAUGGCGUUCACGGGAGCAAUAUUUACUUACGUAAUCGUUCCAGAAACUAAAGGAAAAAGUUUGAGAGAAAUACAAAUAGAAUUGCAAGGUAAUAUAUACGAUACACCUGAUGAUAUGAAGGAACAAGAUGAAGAGAUCAACGAGAACACAGAAUUAAAAGAUAUCACGAGAUGAAUGGUUUUUUGACCUUUAGAUUAAUUGAGAAAUACCAGUUGGUGUGUGAUGCUAGGAGAUAUUAGCAAUUAUGGUUAAUAAAAAAGUUGAAGCUUUAAUUAAAAAUUAUAUUAUUA